AUGAAGGUCCUGGCUGUGACUCUAUUGGCUCUGGUAGCGGUCUCCUCCGCGAGGAACAUUGACCUCGAAGAUGUGAUUGAUCUAGAAGUUAUCACUGCCUAUGGUUACCAUACCAAGGUUGGUGGCCCUUUGGCUGAGAAGAUCCGCAUAGCUGAAGAAGAAGCUGCCCGCAAUCCAUCCAGGAUUGUUGGUGGUUCCACUGCCAGUCUCGGUCAAUUCCCAUACCAGGCUGGUCUUAUUGCUGCCAUGCCCGGAUGGAAUGGUGUGUGUGGUGGUUCGUUGCUCAACUCCAGAAGAGUACUUACCGCUGCUCACUGCUGGUUUGACGGACAAAACCAGGCCAGGAGCUUCACAGUAGUACUUGGUUCAGUUCAACUCUACAGUGGCGGUACCAGGCUGACCACCAGUAGUGUUGCCAUGCACGGAAGCUGGAUGCCCAGCCUUGUUCGUAACGACAUUGCUAUGAUCACCUUGCCUUCUGCAGUAUCUACUUCUAACAACCUUAACUUCAUCGCACUGCCCUCUGGAAACGAGCUCAACAAUCAAUUCGCUGGUGCAACCGCAACUGCAUCUGGCUUUGGUCUUACCAGAGAUGGUGGAAGUGUUAGCGGAGCCCUCAGCCACGUCAACUUGCCUGUGAUCACCAACGCUGUGUGCCGCAAUACCUUCCCUGUUUUGGUUCAGUCAUCAAACAUUUGCACCAGCGGCGCUGGCGGCAGAAGCACUUGCAGCGGUGACUCCGGUGGUCCUCUUGUUGUGAACAGCGGUGGCAGACGUAUCUUGGUCGGUGUGACCUCCUUCGGACACAUUGACGGCUGCCAGCGUGGUCACCCUGCUGUCUUUGCCAGAGUCACAUCUUACAUCAGCUGGAUCAACCAACGUCUUUAA